UUCACUUGACCAACGCGCCUUAUUUUCCACGCACACGUCACAGCCCUCCAACCAAGGCAAAAAAUCGAGUAUUUUGUUCCGCGUAAAAUUCCAUCAAAAUUCAUUAAACAUAUGGAAGGAAGGGCUCCCGGAACAGCACUUUUGGUGGGUCCCAGUGGAAAUUCUUGGCCUGUGGACUUAAUACAGCGAGAUGACGGUUUAUUCUUCCACAAUGGAUGGGUUUCAUUUGUUAAUGAUCACUGCCUCGAAACUGGGGAUUCUUUGGUUUUCAGAUAUGAUGGUGAUUUGCAUUUCACUGUGCAAGCAUUUGAUGAAAGUUCAUGUGAGAAAGAAGCUGCUUAUAACGCUGAUUGCAGUCAAGCAGCAACAAAUUUGUACAAUCUUGCUUUGAGAAAAAGAGACCGAGGAAACUCAGCUUUAUUAGAUUGCAUCGUUGAAGGUGUUCCGAAGAAAAUGAGAAGCACUCAGAUUCCUUCAGAAGAGAAUGCUGGAGAUGCGUUAAAUAAUACAGUUACUAUUGCUGUACCAUCUCAAGCAGGGGCUGUCUGCAACAACCCAGUAGAGGUGAAAAUAGACAAUGAUACCUCCGAGGAAGAUAUGUGGAUGUCUGCACAAGAAGCGGAUAAGGUUGCCUGUUCAUUUACUUCAAGUUUCCCCAGCUUUACGAAAGUUAUGAAGAGGUUCAACAUCAGUGGCUCAUACACCCUGAACAUCCCUUACCAGUUUGCCACGGAACAUCUUCCCAAAUGCAAGGUGAAGAUUUUACUUCAUAAUUUAAAAGGAAAAACUUGGACUGUGAAUUCAAUCCCAACUACAAGAGUACAAACAUCACAUACCUUUUGCGGAGGGUGGUUAUCCUUUGUUCGCGACAAUAACAUUGAUUUGGGAGAUGUCUGCAUCUUUGAGCUUGUUCACAAGUGUGAAUUACGCGUGCGUGUUCUGAGGGUGGAAAAGGAAGGAAAUGAUUACAGUAAUAAGGUAAUUCAUGAAGGACAAGUUGCUGAUUAUGCUAAAAUUUCUGGAUGUAAGUCCAGGAAAGCGGGAGCAAAUUCUAAUCGCUGUUUACAGCGGGUAGCGAAGGCCACGGCAUAUGAUAAAAAAGGAUCUGCUCAUGACAAAGAGAAACCCGAAAUCAGGAAACCUACUAGUUCUCAAGAUAAACAGGGUUCUUUCACCAAGGGCUGCAUGUCCAUGAAAUCAGUACCUGAAGAGAAAUUAGCUGCUGAAUCUUUCAUUUCUAAUUUCCCUCAUUUUGUGCGGAUCAUGAAAAAGUUCAACAUUAGUGGCUCUUACACUUUGAAAGUUCCAUAUCAGUUCUCAAUGGAACACCUCCCAAAAUGCAGAACGGAGAUUGUGCUUCAUAACUUGAAGGGAGAAUGUUGGACUGUAAAUUCAAUUCCCACUGUAAAGGUACAAACACUGCACACAUUUUGUGGAGGAUGGUCUGCAUUUGUCCGAGAUAAUGACAUCCAGAUGGGAGAUAUCUGCAUAUUCGAGCUCAUUGGGAAUAAUGAAAUGCGUGUACAUAUAUGUGCAAUUGGGAAGAAGGGCCUAGAUUACCGAAAUGGGAUAACUUCUAACGAGUCGGCUAUCCUUUCAUCCUUGACAAGCUAGAGUCCUUUGACAUAACAAGCUGUAGGAAAGAUUACUUUUUGCCUGAUACAAGGUGAGGGGUAAACUCUCCUUGAUUCUAAUAAUUAUGGUUCCAUUGCAUUUGGUAGAGUUGAAUAAUCUAUCUAUGCUUUGAUCGGUGUUGUAUUAUUUACAAGGUGACACUUUGCUACUAAAAGGUUUUCGAAAUCAGUACACAGUGCCGUUCCACCACAUUUUUGCCAAAAACUUGAGAGAGUGGUCAUAUGAGUGUCACAUGUCUUUUUACGGUUGUUUUCAGAUUGGAAGAAUCGCGAAACCCUGUUGCAGUACUUUAGAAAGUUUAUGUUGCCAAACUCUGGUUUCUAGCUAUUCAUUUGCUUAUGUAGUGCUAUUACAGCCCACCGGUGUUUUGAGAAAUGCAAAGUGCCACAAAUUUUCAACAAAUGAAGGGGGUUAUGGUACCGACAUAAAAUUAUAGUUGUGAUUUUAUGCAAAUGUUGAUGACAAAAUGAUGAUUUACCUUCCUUUUACUAUUUCAGUUUCUUUCUUUUC